UCUACUUGCCGUGCAUUGGACGUUAGCGUUGCAUUGGUUGCAUGAAGCUUCGAUGAAUUUGAAUUUUGAUUUAGUAUUUUAGGCCUAACCGAAGAUGGGAAACAUAUCUUUCCUGAGUUUGACUUUCCUGCUGUACUGCUGUGGUUCAUUGCAUGUGGGACUGGGAGCAGAUGCAAGCUCUCCAUCCAAGAAGUCCUUCCCUCCAUGGGAAACAAAGAGCAAUGAGUCAGCUGGGUUUCAUAUCUACUGCCACAGUGGCUCAAAAGAAUGGCUAGUUCUCAAAUUCCUCAGUAGUGUCACGGUUAUGUUCACUCCGAUGGAGGCAUCCGAGACACUGCUCCUCUACAUUGGUAACAAUGCAUCAGCUGUUGAGGGCGCUAGAGACUCUGCCGGGAUCUUUAAAAAACUUCAGUUUUUCUCUCCAUGGUCAUCCACCAAGCAGAGGCUGUCCCCUUUCCAAGAUACCUGUGUGGGUGUUGUUGCUUCUGGAGGAUUUGAGCUUGUGGCCCAUCAGAGAACUAUUGAUGUGCUCUACCUCAGUUUAUUGCUAAUUGGGCUUACACUAUACCUCAUAUCACCAGCUCUUAGUAGGAACUACAUCUUUCACUAUUCAUCUGGAGUAGCCAUAGGAGUGUUAGCAUCUCUUCUCAUUCUCAUCUACGUGUUCAGCAGAUUGGUUCCAAAGAAAACUGGUGCCAUGUCGCUCCUGGUCGGAGGAUGGGCCUUAGUGGGGUUCUUCAUGCGAUGGAUAGUAGAGAACUAUCUGACGGUCCAGUACAAAGGUUACAUCAUGGGCUACAUAAUCCUGGCCUCGAUGAUCAGCUUUGCAGUCUGUUACCGCUAUGGACCGGUCACUGACAAGCGCACUGAGAAUAUCUUACGCUGGGGCUUGCAGCUCAUCGGGCUUACAUUCAUCUACAACUGUUCUCAGCUAGAGGGGGCUUCUAUAGCGAUCAUUGCAAUCUUGUUGGUGUACAGAUGGAUACCACAAGGAUCGAUUAGAGCAUUAAAGAACAUAAGUAUCUGGAUACAUCGACCCACACCGAGGCUGCUGACAGUUGAUGAGUUUGAGGAGCAGGGAAGAGAAGAAACCAAAAAGGCCCUUAAGGAGUUGAGGCAGUACUGUAGCAGUCCUAAGUGCAAUGCUUGGAAGGCGGUCACAAGGCUGGAAUCUCCCAAAAGGUGUGACACAUCUUCUUCUAUCAGGUUUGCAGAGUUUGUAUCAGGAGAGGGCCAUGUCAGUCAAGAUGAACUGGAUUUCUAUGCAUCGGAUGUGACACUCAUAUCAGAAGAUGAUCUGAUGACCAGCGAUAGCAGCAAUGCAGUCAGUUCUGAUGAAGAGGAUUCCAGGUGACCUAGGCUUCCAAUUAGAAAACCAUAGAUCAAUGCUAUGAUAAGAGUGGGGCCAUGCACAUAAUGUUCAGAGGAUAUUAUAACCAGCGAGAGCAGUGCAGUUGGUUCUGAUGAAGAGGAUUCCAGGUGACCUAGGCUUCCAAGAACACCAUAGAUAAAUGUUAUGAUAAGAGUGGGAUCACGCACAUAAUGUUUAGAGGAUAGUAUGACUAGCGAGAGCAGCGCAGUCAGUUCUGAUGACAAUGAUUUUGAAGGUGAUUGGGCCUCCAAGAACAUUUUAGAUCAAUGCUAUGUCAAGACAAAACAGUGGGCAAACACGCUGGAUAAUAUUAUGACCAGCAAUACCACUGAGGUCAGUUCUGAGGGAACUGAUUCAAGGCGAAUUAGGCUUCCAAAAACACCUUAGUUGUGUCAAGAGAAGGAACAUCACAAGACAUAUGAAACAAAGGAUACUCUUGUUACCAGCAUUAACUGCAUGGUCAGGUCUGGUGACGGUGAUGCUAGGUAACUGUUGCUUCCAAGAACAGAGAGGAGUGCUGUGUGAAGUCUGGGGAUAUGUAGAGGGCAUAUGAAACAGAUGGGAAUUUUCUUAUGAGUGACAGCAGUGCAGUCAGUUCUGACAAUGAUGAUUCAAAGUGACCAAGUCUUCCAAGAACACCUUGAUAAGAAAAACUAGCUUAGUCCACUCGUGUCUUUGUAAUGGAGUUCAGUACAGUCUGUAAAAUAUAGACUAUACCAGCCAAUGCUUUAUAGGAAAAGUGGUUUGAAAUGUUUAACCUCCCGAGAUGAUUAUUCAAUGAAUAUGGAUAAGUUUUAUUGUUCAUAAAUACCUAAAAAAUAAAAUAGCCUUGUUCUAUUGGUAUUUGAAAGCAGACAUGUUGCCAUGUUUUACUAAUACAUGCAGGUGGAAUACUAGAAAUUGUGUCGAUUUUAUUGUAAAGAAAGGCAAGGUUCCAAUAACUUCGGAAGGGUCCAUGUAGAUGUAGAAUUCAGUACUUUGUAUUCAAUUUGUCAUGGAUUGCCUGGAAUUAUUAUGUCUUCGGGUUGUCCGUCCGUCCAUUUGCCCGUUCUGGUGAUUCGUGAUUACGUUAUCUCAAGAACCGAUUGAUGGAUUCCUGCCAAACUUAGGUCAUGUAUGUAUCUUGCAGAGCUAAUAAAAUUGAUUCCAUUUUAGGGGUCACAAGG